AUGGCUUCUUCAAGCGAGAUUUCUCCCAGAAGUACUCACCCGUCACAUCUUCAUUCCAGCUUGGUCAAUUUCGUGGUUGCCAAUCGUACAGCUGUUACUAGCAUGAUGAACCCUCCAAAGGCGGACCUUAAAACCUUUGAAACAUACUUCUUGGACCUGCCAGCUGAAAUCAGAUGUAUGGUUUACAAGUACGUCUUCGACUGGGCUAUACUGAAACUUCAUUACCACCUGCAACACACUCACAUAGAGCGAGGCAAACUCAGACUGCAACCGGUUUCUAUAGACGACAUAAUCACGCACAUCAGCGAUUACAAAGGAGCUUUGCUACGAGUUUCUGCCUUUUGUAAGCAGGAAGCAUUGUACAUGUUGGCGUCCUGCACAACGAUCGUCUUUGAGCAUCAGGAUAACCAACGAGAAGACCUGCUACAUCCUAUUGACCACGACUUCCUGAGGCACGUCAGAGGUGUCCAGAUGUUUCCUGACGCUUUCAUUCAUACCGACAGGAAACUACUUCCCAACCUGAAAGAGGUCGUUCUCAGUUAUAACGUUGGUGGUCCCUGUGGGCGGAUAUCCAUUCGAGCAUGGUUUCAUUCCCUAACUUGCAGCACUUGUGUUGAUCCUACAGGCUUUAUGUCCUAUGAAAAAAUCAAGUACGAAUUGUGA